AUGACUGCAAACGGACGCAAGAAAAAAGGGCAGAGUGCACCAAUCCCCGAUCAAUUGAUGGAUCACGGCACCCUCGAAACUGCGCGAGUGCGCCGCAAGACCUCAAAACAACAAGCACAAGAGGAAGCUUCGCUUGAAAAAGAGGCAAGAAAGGUCAAUCGGUAUGCUCAUCAAGCUCUCAGAGGUCGACAGGCACUCGAAGAGAUCAAUGGCUUUCAUCAAUUGGACCCCGAGUCCAAAGAGCAAGAUUCAGACACAGAAUUUGAUCAAGAUGACGUGUUCACAUUUAAAGCUGUAGCGCAACCCAGUGUAACACGUCAACGAGCUCCAACCCAAACACCUCGACUCACUCAACGGUCGACUCAUGUUCCAUCUGCACCACUGAGCCGUGUACCACCAUCUGAUGAUGUCAUUGAUCCAACAUUCUUGGCUACUCCACAGCAGUGCGCAGCACCUAUCGUCACCCCGCCUGAACUUGAGCGUUGCUCGGUGGCGCGAGGAUUGGGGCUAAUGAGUGGUGCCCGUGGACCUACUGACAUGACAAGUUAUGGUUAUCUGUCACUGGCAACAACCGAAGGCCUCCAGGUGGUCAAGAAAGUGAAGGUGGGCGAGGGUGGUACCCGCGGGCGCCUUCGUUCAGCCGACUUUGACAAACUUUAUGCCGCAACGGUCCAUCUUGCCAUCAGUCACUACCAGUCAAUUCUCGCUAACUCAACCAUUUAUCCAAACGACAUUCAAGCGCAAGACUGGUCUGGCCAAGCAUGGGCAGCCGCUUGCCGCUCUCAAGGCAUUCAAAUUGAUUUUGAUGAAGACGCGUAUAAAUUGAUCACUGAAUGCGGCUCUAAUCUACGCAGCGACCUCAAGACUAUUCUACGCCCACUCGUCGAGACCGAGUUUGGAUUCAGUAAUGAAAAAACCCCCGAGGCCAUCAAAUCUAACGCGGCGCGUGCAGCUACUGUCCUCGCAAACCGUAAGCUCCUCAUGUGCAAGGAUCGUGAAGCUGGAAAAGGGCUAUUUGAGACCGACAUUAUCGUCGACGGAGUCAUCAAGUGGUGCUACGAUAAGAAAAACUCGUUGGGUGCUACUCUACCAAGCUACUUCAAGGAUUCGACUACUGGUGGGGCGAGCUGGGGUAUCAUUGCAGCUGUUCUCACUGGGAUCGAGGCUUGCGUUGCGGAGUGGACCAGUGCAGGCUAUACUGUCAGAUUGAAGCAUAAAAGUGUACAAUUAGACACAGGCCUUGAUGCAAAAAGUGUCUAG